AUGUUUAGGAUACAACUGAGAACUAUGUCCAGCAAAGCAUGCAAGAAUGAUUACCCAAAGGAGUUUGUCAGUUUCUUAAACAGCUCGCACUCUCCUUACCAUGCAGUUCAUAAUAUCAAAAAGCAUUUGGUGUCAAGAGGUUUCAAAGAAUUGAGUGAACGCGACUCAUGGGCUGGUAUCGUUGCACGAAAAGGCAAGUACUUUGUGACAAGAAAUGGCUCUUCUAUUAUUGCAUUUGCUGUUGGUGGGAAAUGGGAGCCUGGUAAUCCGAUUGCUAUUACGGGCGCUCACACUGAUUCCCCUGUAUUAAGAAUCAAGCCUAUUUCCAAAAGGGUUAGUGAGAAGUAUCUACAAGUGGGCGUUGAGUGCUACGGUGGUGCUAUCUGGCAUUCAUGGUUUGAUAAGGAUUUGGGCGUUGCCGGAAGAGUUUUUGUAAAGGACGCCAAAACUGGAAAAUCUAUUGCUAGAUUGGUAGAUUUGGAUAGACCUUUGCUAAAGAUUCCCACUUUAGCUAUUCACCUGGAUAGAGACGUAAAUCAAAAAUUCGAGUUCAAUAAAGAAACUCAACUGUUACCGAUUGGUGGUUUGCAAGGAGACAACGCAGAAAUGAAUUCUGAAAAGGAGAUUGAUAACGGUGGUUUUACCUCUAUCAAGACGAUAGUGCAGAGGCACCACGCAGAACUUUUGGAGCUAGUCGCCAAGGAACUCGCUAUCGAUGCAAUUGAAGACAUUGAAGACUUCGAAUUGAUUCUUUACGAUCAUAACGCAUCUACGCUCGGCGGGUUCAACGACGAGUUUGUCUUCUCCGGGAGAUUAGAUAAUUUGACGUCUUGUUUCACAUCAUUGCACGGUUUGACGUUAGCAGCUGACACAGAAAUCGAUCAAGAAUCUGGCAUUAGAUUGAUGGCAUGCUUUGAUCAUGAGGAGAUUGGCUCAUCUUCCGCUCAAGGAGCAGAUUCCAACUUCUUGCCUAAUAUCUUAGAGAGGUUGUCUAUUUUAAAAGGGGACGGUUCUGAUGAAUCUAAGCCAUUGUCCCACUCGUCGAUAUUGGAAACUUCUGCCAAAUCGUUCUUCCUAUCCUCUGAUGUUGCUCACGCAGUUCAUCCAAACUAUGCGAACAAAUAUGAAAGCCAGCAUAAACCUUUAUUGGGUGGUGGUCCCGUAAUCAAGAUUAACGCAAAUCAACGUUACAUGACCAAUUCACCAGGCCUAGUCUUGGUGAAAAGACUAGCAGAAGCUGCUAAAGUACCUCUGCAAUUGUUUGUUGUAGCUAAUGAUUCCCCAUGUGGAUCCACCAUCGGUCCCAUUUUGGCCUCAAAGACAGGUAUUAGAACUCUAGAUAUAGGUAAUCCCGUGUUGAGUAUGCAUUCCAUUAGAGAGACCGCUGGUUCUUCGGACUUGGAGUUUCAGAUCAGAUUAUUUAAGGAAUUUUUUGAACGCUACACUUCCAUAGAAUCCGAAAUUGUUGUUUAA